AUGUCUCAGGCGAGCUCUCCGGAACCACGUACCUGUCCGUACUUGGGCAAAUUCGCGGUGACAGACGUGAAUCGGAAUCAACGGAACACGCGCGAAAGCCGCAGGAGCCAGCACCAGCAGCAGGAGUCGUCCCUGCCCAUCCGGCACGACGGCGAAAAGGUGCGGCACGCACAGGAGAGAAACGAGGACCGGCGGGGCCGUAAGCUGGAUUACGAGGUCGAGAAGAGGCGGGCGAACAACGAGUAUCUGGUCCACGAGAGGAUGGGUCGGCGGGCGCGUUCGAAUCGCGGCGGCAAUCGGAGCCGCAAGGACUACAGCCUGGAGGAGGUCUCCCCGCCGAGGAGAUCCUCGGAGCUGGAGGAGGGUUUACGGGAUCUACGGGACGCGUUGCGAGCGAAAUUCAGACGAGCGGGCGACUUCGAGCAACGCAUGGCCGACAGCUCGCGCGCCAAGACGAGGCGGUCGCGCGCCGUCGAGCGCCUCGAGAGAGACGCGAGAUACACGACGGAGCGCGGAAGGGCUGGCAGAAACGAGGGCGAGACGACGGUCGAGGACGAGGUGAAUUCGAGAGAUAAGGCGAACAGGUCGAGAAGGCACCCGAAAAUAGAGGACUUCCAUCCGUACGACGUCGACGCGAUCGGACGGUUUUGGGCCGCCGAUCCGGACGACAGCUGGACCACCAGCACGCUGCAGGUGCAAGGCGAUUAUUUCGGGGAUUAUCUGGAGGUCGAUGGCCCACCGCGGAAGAGAUCCGCGUCGGGGAAUCCGGCCGACAAGGGCGUGACCUACAAGGAUCUCUUGAGGAUGAAGAGGGAGCUCGAGGAGCGCGAGAGGGACGAGGACUUCCCGGAGAGGAGGGAGAAGAGGAACAACGAGGAUGAUUCGAGGUGCAGCUCCGAGGUGACGACCUUAACCGUGGGUUGCUCCACGGCGGACAGGAUGGAGUUUCAAAGUGACUGCGUCGACGACGACGCUAUCACCGCCUACUCCUGCCACGGUAGAUGGUUCGACGCCGAGGGCACGCAGUUCGUGAUCGCCACCCCGUUGGCGCGCAGAACAGCGUGGUCGAACAGCGAGAACAACAGGGCGCAGCCCUACAGGAACAGCCGUAGACUGUGCUUCAUGUACAAAGAGAGCGGCGGAGUUGUCAGUUUGACUGCCAGCCGCAUAGCGUGUCAGAGGGGCCCACCGCCCCCGCCGAUGUUGGCCUUCAACGCUACCAGCACCGGCCAGUGCAUGGAAGCGAACGGCGGACAGAUCAGCCGAUCGACGUACCUGACGAUCGUCCUGCUGACGGCGGUCGCCGCGAUAUUCAGGUGAUUCUAAUCGAAAGCGCGACAAUUAUUCGAAAUCAAUUAAGGGAUCGGGACUCAAACGCGGUGUCGGACGCUCAGUGAGAUCGUUAUAAGAAAUAUUUCACGACGCAGUGAUCGGCCGUGUGUGGCUCGAUCGAUCGAGCGGUGCGCGUAUGCAAGAGCAGGCAGACGAGUGCAGCGAUCUUAGACCGUGAAUGAGGAAGAAAAAACGCGGAGAAAAGUGGAGCCCAUC